AUGGAUUUAGAAGAGACUGUGACAAAGUUUAAAAAAACUGGCAAAAAGUCAGUGUCUAGUAGACCUUUCGAGGAAAUUGUUCAGAUAAAUAGAGAGAUUCUGAAGGAAUCGGUAUUCCUUUCAGAUUUAUUUCAAAACUUGCAGCCACACCUUAAUAACAUCAAGAAAAUACGAUGUGUUGCAAUUGGAAAUUUUAAAAAUGAUUUUCCUGCUACCUACCAAUUUGCUCUUCUUUUAGAGAUCGUUAACUAUAUAGAAAGCGAAAAUGCCAGAGAUAUCCAUAUUUCCAUAUAUGACCCGAUAUUUACUCAAGAAGAGAUACAAUACUUGAAAAGUUUGGGGAGCAAGUGGGUUAUGGAGGAGGAAUUUUCAGCGAACAAUGCAAGCGAUUAUGAAUCAGUACUAUAUUUUCUUCCUCACGCUCCUUUGAAUUUAACUGAAAGUAUACUAUCAUCGCAGCGUCCACAUUUAUGGCUGGCAAACAAUAUCAUAUUACACACUGACAGAUACACUAAAGCUGUACUUUGUGAAAAAUAUCCUCAUUUAGGCAAGUUAGUUCAUUACUUAGAGCCCAAUAUCGCGCUAGAAGCUAAGAAACAUGAUGAUGCAGAUGAUUUCACCACAUUUAUUCCAAAGAGGAAAAGAAAAUACAAGAACAAUUCCUCCAGGCUCAGGGUCAAACUCCCUGAAAUAGAUUAUGACACAAUAGCAACGAAAUUCACAUCCUGCCAAAUACUUACUGACUUUGAUGGCGGAAAGUAUUUGAAGGAAGAACCCUGGAUCAACUCUUUCUCUGAUUUGACUUUACAUGCUAUAGGUUAUUAG